UUCAGCAGAAACAAACCACAACACAACAACAGUGAUGGAUGAAGUGGAUGUGCGGACAGCAGUUGGGGCGGCUUUGACGGCCGUGGUGGGGGUGUCUCUUCUGUGGCUGAUGUUUCUGUUGGGGCGCAGAAAGUCGCGUGAGCAGUUCCAGCACAUCACCACCAACCACCCAUCAUCACUUCUUCUUGACAGUGUUGUGGCACUCACACAGACACAAAGCAGUGAUGAGACUGUGGAAGAGGACACGAGUGAUGGUGAAGCAGUGCGGUGGAGGUGGUGGCAGCGGCAGGACAACCAGCUGGACGUGAUGGAGCAGUUGAUGCAAGAGGCAGGCUUGCAACAUCACAUCAAGGAACUCCUUCGAUCUAUCGCAUGCGAUGAACCUGCGAGAGAUAUAGAGCUGGUCGGAACGACAUUGGGAACCAAAGGCGCACAAAGCUUGGCAAUUGCAUUCGACAGGAGAAACAACAAAAACAUCGAGGUUCUGAGGUUGUACGAUAACCUGAUUGGAUCUGAGGACUGCGUCAUGUUGGCUGACGCCUUGCAAGGAUACACCGAUCUACGAGAGCUGCACAUUGGGAACAACCCGAUUGGACCUCAAGGCUGUCAAGCGUUGGCCACGGCUCUGCGUGACCACUCAGGACUGCAGGAGCUUCUGCUGAUCAACGUUGGCGUUCCUGCUGCCCACGCAGUUGGUGCAGGGUGGCCAGAAGCACGGGACGUCCAGUGGUCGGAGGAACGAGAAUUGACACGCGGCGUUGAACGGGAAAAGCAAGGCGACCAGCUCGCAGGACAUGCGGAUGCUAUGAACUCGAAGGACGAAACAAUCAGGCAGCUCCGCGACCAGCUCGCAGAACAUGCAGAUGCUAUGCGCACGAAGGACGAAACAAUCAGGCAGCUCCGUGACCAGCUCGCAGAGCAUGCAGAUGCUAUGCGCACGAAGGACGAAACAAUCAGGCGGCUCCACGACCAGCUCGCAGAGCAUGCAAAUGCUGCGAACACGAAGGACGAAACAAUCAGGCAGCUCCAGUCCCUCUUCAAUCUCGACCUGAAUCCAGCCCGCUUCGAGGAGAAGAAACGCGCAAAAGACCACGAAGGCAAGCCCAUCAAGGGCGCAUUUGGCAAGCUAUAUCGCAGCACGUUUGCUGGGCACGACGUGGCGCUGAAGGAAGUUGACGAUGUUGAAGAGCGACCACGACUGCAGCACCUGCUGGAAGCAAUGAGCGACACAGCAACUUCAACAUCAACAGCAGCACAGUCGCGUGUACCUGACAAGCGUGUGCUGAGAGAGGUGGCCGUCCUUGCCUCACUUCGCCAUCCAAACAUCGUGCCUUUUCUCGGGCUGUGUCAUGACAGCGAUCGCAGCACGCUUGCCUUCGUGCUGAGCUGGGCAGAGAACGGGUCCCUGUACGACUACAUCCACGUACACAAGAAACACAUCAGCAACGUCGAGAAGCUGCGCAUCUUGAGCGAGGUGGCGGCUGCGAUGGAGUUCCUGCACGCCCACGACGUCGUGCACCGCGACCUCAAGUCGCCCAACGUGCUGCUGGACGCAUCGCUCUCCGCCAAGAAUGCGUCUGUGGUGUCGAAGGUGGUCGGCACACCGCUGUGGGCAUCACCGGAGCAGUUGUUGGAGCAGCCAUUGCGAGCUGACACGGACGUGUUCUCAUUUGGCUGCAUUAUGUGGGAGGUGUGGUUUAACACCAAACCCUGGCACCACGGGGAGUACAGCGGGGAACGCAUCUCCGGACGAACGCUUGGCGACAAGUACGACAAACAUGAGUACCUGCCGCUUGAUGUUGAGGAGGGGCGGAAAAUGGAAGGCGCAUUUAAGGCGCUGCUCCGUGGGUGCUUCCAGUCGAGCGGCAAUCGUGUUGGGUUCUGUCAGUUGCACACGGCCCUGAAGGCGCAACACGACGCUGGCGACCGGCUUUCUCAAAUUGGCGAGAAGAAACAGCAGGAGCUGCUUCACGGACCACCAGAUGCGGUGUGGAAGUUUCCACAGCAGCUGCUGGCCGCGGUGCAAGCGACGGAGCUGUCGACGCGCCAAUCCGUCCACAUUGCACCACUUCAACCUGACGAGGACGCCGUCACUGAGCUCCUUCACGCUGCUGGUGGCCGGACCGCCCAGCAGAAUCCGCUUUGCCCUUUCGGCCGCACGUUGUGCUGCGUCGCCAUCACGUGGUGCGAGCAGAAGCUCGUCGCCUUCAACGGCGCCCUGCACCGCAACAACACCCGCUAUCGUGGCCACCUCACCAGCGCCGGCCACCCGUUUGCGCCCAAAUACGCCCACGACACGUUAACGGGCCAGGCAACAGAUGCCGAGGAGCGGGCGGUGCUGGAGCGCGUCACCCGUUCUGGCCGUCCUGGCGUUUACAACGUGCUUGACACGUCGCGCCUGUACAACAUGCUUGACGCGAACUGCGUGGACAAAGAUCCGCCCAUUCGCCUCCAGCGCGUGUUCCAUGGUGUGAGAUCCCUUGAGGCCGUUGUUGGCAUCCUGGGCGGUGACUUUGCACAACUGCAGACCCAAGGUGCGAAGUUUGGUGCGGGCUGUUACUUCACGCCAGACCUUGACUACGCCCUCGCUUACACUUCGCGCUGCCGGCCCAGGCACUCUUCUCCACCUGAACUGCACUGCCUCAAGCUUGAGCCAGGCAAAGCCUACCGCGUUGUUCUGGCGUGCGAUGUCAUGUACGGCAACCCGUAUCCUGUGACGCACAAGAGCCUUCACCCCACCCGACGACAUGACCCGGAACGGAAAUGGCGGUCGUUCCGUGAUCAGCCCCUCAUCUCCAGACACGACGCUCACGUGGCAGUCAUUGAUUUCACCAGUGGCGACAUUCGACAUUCACAGCCGUUCCACCCACACACGCAGUGGGACCAGGGCGGCAAUGUGUCGGCUGCGGAGAUCGUAGUGACAGACCCUUCGUGCGUCCUUGUUCGAGCCGUCCUUGUGUUUGAGGCGUGAGUGUUUCGAGUACGCGAAUGUGUGCUUGAAGUCUUUGGGCGUGUGUAUUGCUUCUGUCUGUGUGUGGGGGUGUGCUUCUGUGUGUGUGUGUGUGUGUGUGUGUGUGUGUGUGUGUGUGUGUGGGUGUGCGUGUG